AUGGAAGCGUUGCUGUUUCUAACCAUGUUGUGGUGCGCCACAUGCCACACAAAUUCAGUUAAAAUUGGAAUUUCUCACAACUACAAUAACACAGAACUAGGAACCCCUCCCACUACCACGGAAUCACCAGCCACUACCGCUUCUGCCAGCAGUGAAGCGGGCAGCUUCAUCAGCCCGUUGCCAGAGUUUACCAACGCUUCUGGAAACACAUUUCCCCCGCGCUGGCAACAGAAGCAGAAGGCCACAGAUGCAACUCCAACCACGUCGGCGGAUUCCCAGGUGGAUGCCCAACCGUUGAACGCCACCGAAGCGCCUCACUCGAUGCCAGUAUCAAUGGACCAUAUGUCUUACUACUGCUCCUGCGAUCUUCACUCUGACAAAUGCGAUCUUAACUGCUGCUGUGACAAAGAUUGCCCUCCCGAAGCCCAUCAGGUAUUUAAUUGUCUGCCUAGUUCUACAUUUCCGCAGUUACAAUCACGGUUGGAAGAUUUCCACUAUGCUCAUGGCUUGCCUACAUGUCAGAUCAACGACGGGUGGUUGUGCGUUUUUCGCAGCAACACGAAUCCAUACAAGACUCAGCCCCAGAACAGUAAUUUCGAUUCUUCGCAGCGUUAUAAAUGGCUCGAUUACUUGGGAGCUUACGAAUCGGACUCACCACAGUCUCGACCAUCGUUAUCACACUACAAGUUCGGACAGCCUCUGCAACUGUGGCAGCCCAAGACCAGACAAUUGGCUACUUUCGAUCUGCCCGCUGCCUACGAAAGCCCUAAUUGUCAGCUGCAACAGUCCAUUUCACACCUGCAACCAAUCAAAAGCAUUUGCAAGAUGAAGGACUUUUCCCAACUGCAAGAUAGUCUCUGGGGAAUAUUCAAUCUCACUUCCACUUUUCAGUUGCUGCCAAAGCCGCUCGAUCAUGAGGAACAUGAAGUAAAAGGACUGAUCGUUCACAUCUGUCAGAGAGGAGAGGAUAAGUCAUUACAAUGCUUAGAGCGGGCAAACGACACUCAACUGGAUGUAAUGGUGGAUAAAGUUGAACUUAUAUUGAUUCACAAUUUUACACAUAUUCUGGAGGCAAAGCUCCUACUAGAGAAGAUCAAACUGGCUGAGGAUGAUAACGACCCACUUUGGCUUCAGUACAAUGUGGAAUUUAUCGCUCUAAACGAUUCGCUGGUCGAGCCCACUUCAGGCCCACUCGGUUACCUGCUGGGUUCGCCCGUAAUCUUCUCAAGAAUGUUGCCGCAAAACAACAGCGAGGAUAAGAGGCCUUUAAGCUAUUUUAAUACCAACAAUAAUACUGAAGAGUUUCAAUGGCUUUCCCUGCCGUCGCGGAAUCUUCGAGAAAGGAGUUGCCAUCGCAAAUUGGACCAAAAUCAAGUCCUCCGCUUUGGCGUCGACCUCCUCACCCGAUGUGAGCUGCACCAAGUAGCGCCCCUGCUCCAAGAACACGCCAACCACUCUGAAUUCUGUCAGGGCCUGCAAGCCCAGAUAUGGAGCCAGCUGUUGCCCCACGGUUGCAGUCACCUGGACGACGUCGGAAAGGUGUUCGUUUCCCGAUUGGGCAGACCAAAGCCGGACAAGUGGAUGCCCAUGCACGUGCACUACCUGGAGAACACCCAUGAGAUGCCACCGCCGGUCCAAUCAGUUUACAAUAAAGUUAAGCGGAGCCUGAGCUGUCAGAACAUUUUCCUUAGCGUUGGCUACGAGUUUCAUGUGGCAGACCUUUCUUUGGUAGAAGGAAGAGCUCCUCAUCAGCGGGUCCUGCAGAAUACUCGGAUGGUUUUGGGACAGCGGCAUGACCUUACGUUUGACAUAAGCGAGACGGAAGUCGUCCUUCCCCUAAGCAUUUCUGUCAUUUUCUACCAGAUUCAAAAGAAAGCUGUGAGCGGGGCAAACGGAGUUGGAUUCUCUGGAGUGCUACCUGCAAUCACUUAUAUAGCGACGGCUCUUAGAUCGCUGAAUUUUAAUCUCUAA